AUGGAGCACGCUGAUUCACAUCUUCAGGUUCGAAAUGCUGGCCUGAAGCUUGUGCUAGAGCAGCCAGUCCUGAUUGCAUGGGAUGAUACGCAUUCUGGCCGGCGCCAGCACCUUGGGCGCGUCUUCCCAUCGGACAAAUCUAACACAGCGAAGCUUACGCUUCGGUUUGCACGCGACGAGACAGCGAACGAAGCCUUGAUUUCCUUCCACUUGCCGCUUACGCUCCGCCCCGCACAACGAAAGAAGCCGAAAAACGUUUUCAUAGUCGUCCCCGCCGAACACGCGCUCGUAACGACCGCUGUCAUCGACUCCGCGAAGAUACCACCCCCAACCAUUCGUCAACUAGCAAAUUACAACCAGGGAUCGUCUGUGUUUUUCCGUUUGAGGUUCACCCUCAAGGAGAAUGCCUUUGUCGUCAUGCCCGCCCUUGAGAGACCUUUGGAACGACCGCUUCAAGGUGCCCCAUGUCAACUGGUCACACUUCUCAAGUCGCUGGUAGACACGAGCGAAUUUGAAGUUUAUCUCCAGCACACGCAAGAUGCUGCCAGUGCGAGAUGGAAACUGGAUGAUAGCGUCACACCACACUUGGAUCUAGAGUCAACGUACGGGAGGGGCCGCACCGGAGGGAAGAACAUCUGGAAUCACCAUCCCUGUGAGAUGCUUACGUCACAAAGGUAUUCAUGGAAUCCGUUAGUUGACGAUAACCCACCAACAUACGACGAGGCCGUUCCCGCAACCCAAGAUCGAAUGGAACCUGCGAGCCCAUCGCAACAUUCUCCCCCGUUUGCUCCUCUCCAGAACAAUCUUGAACUCGGCUCGUACGUGUUGACUUGGAACGAUGCCCUCGGUGUUGGCGCCUCUCCUGUGCCAAGAGAUCCUCACCUCAGGCAGGAGAUUGAGUCUCCAAGGGGUAGGAAACGGACCUUGGAAGAAGCAGACGCGGGCACCAUUAACGAUGGCCAUAUAAUCUCACUCCCGCCCGUCACGGGCACGCCGACCGGAAAGGAUUCUACGGAUGCAGACUCCCCACAACCUGCUGGCGUCGACGAGCUGCUGGCUGAGGCUACUACUGUCGACUCGGCGGUCAAGUCGCUCAUGCGGCUGCGCGGUCCUGAGUUUUUGAAGAAUCCAAAUCCUCUUUGGGAAAUGAAGGAGUGGCUGCUAUCGACUUGGAAGUAUCAUCCGUUGACGCAUGAGAUAUACCUUGCCCGGUUUCUCAAGCUUGGAAUAUAUGCUAGGGAAUGUAAGCUGGCUGAGUUUGAUGCUACCAUGGCACGAUUUCAGGAUGCGUUCAUUGUAGAAGCUCACGAUUUGGUGACGCCUGUGCCAUCGAUGCCUAUUCCCUACGAUUUUGAGGAUCAAGUUAAAUACAUUCGCGCAUGGAUUGCAACGAACCUGGGCAGGAAUUCAGUCACUUGUAUGCUAGGGGCACUCAUCAGUCUGCAAGACUCCGCACGAGACGCUAAAGAAGAUGGCAGCUCCUCUGUUGUACGUGUUUUCCAUGAGAAGAGAGCCAUGUGCUUAUCUGUUGCGUACUAUGCGUUUGACGGUCGUUCUUGA